AUUCAGUCUCUCUGGCUCUGUUACUUGGGUAGGACCUCGUAGCUUCCAGAAGCCUCAUCUACGAACCCCAUAAGAAAUUUGGUUUGAUCCUUCUAUUGAAGAACCCAGUAAAGAAGAUUGAUUUAGAGGCUGAAUUGUUGCUGAGUUUUCGUAAGGUAUGCACCCUGCUGAACACCCAAGUUUUCAACGGUAAUCAGACAGAAGCACCGAUGGAUGAGCAGGUCUAUCCACACUUACUAGGCUAAAUAUUUGGUUUUGUAUCUCUUUAUUGAAAUCACAUCACAAACUGACAUUUUUAAUCUAAAGUCUUUUUCAACGUCUGGACAUAAAAAAUGGGUUGUUCCCCAUCCAAAGGUCAUCUCUUCCCAGGGAUCCCAGAUGGGGUACACAAGGCUCUGCUGCCAAUACAACCAGAGGUGGGUAACAUCAAGCCUGUUGAGGGAGAAAACCAAGAUAUUGACAAUACGGAUAUUGACGAAGAAGUGGAGGAACUCCCACUAUCAGCUGAAGAGGAUAAUCCUAUGGCCGCCCUGGGAAAAGUAGCGGACAUGGCCCCCAACACAGCCGUUGUGUCAAACCUAGGGGCCGUCUCUCAAAUAGAGGUCAAAAUGACAUCACAGGUGAGAGACACACAGAGUGAGGAGUUACUGGAAAAACAGGCAAAAAAGGUCAAGAAGCGAAAGAAGAAUAAGGGCGUGAAACAAGGCUGCCGAAAAGAAAAGGAGAUAAACACCUCAAUCAUCCAGGGGAAGGUGGACCUUCCCAUGCACAUGGUGAGAGCUCACCAGGCCGCCUACGAAUACCUGAACCCCAACAUUUCCAAGUGUGAGACCCUGCUGGGGCUGCUGGACCAGGCCGCCCAGACCCAGCUCUCCCUGCAGCCCAUGAUGACAGCCAUUGUGAUGCGCUUCGAGGAGAUCAACCAGGCCCUGGAGGAGAUGGCUGAUGAAGGGGAGCUGAUGCUGAAGGAGCAUGGAAAUCACAUGGCCUGGCCCUCCGAGAUAAGAGACCCAGCUCCCACUCCCUCCAAGCCCAUUGCUGACCCAUCAGAAACCCCCCCAGACCUGCUGCAGCUGCUGCUCCAGCAUUCUACUGAAAAGAUGAAGCUGGUGGGGAGCUCGAUCCAAGGCCUGGGAGACACCACUCUGGAAGAGGCGGCAGACUUCUUUGCCUCGCUAUCUAGACUACUGGGAGAGAGGCUGCAGGCCAAGCGGGCAGUAGAGGAGCGUCUGACCCAGGUGUUGGCGCGCGUGGAGGCAGCUGCCAAGUGCAACCUCGAUGACUUGUCCCUGCACAGCGAGGACAGUGGAAUCGGGGGAGAGAACGAGUCACUGAUGGGAUCAGAGCGCCACCGUCGUCAGUGGGGGAGUUCUGGGUCCGGUGGCAGUGCACGCCCCACACCCCCAAGCCAUUCACCUGACCAGGUAUGCCUUAAUGAAGGUGAGGAGGGGGAAGAAAACGAGGAAGAGGAUGAUGAUGAGGAGGAGGAUGAAGAAGAAGAGAGGUCAGGGAGGGUGCGGUCCAACUCAUCCCCGCCAGACCCCAUACAGAACACCAAGCACAGCAAGGGGCAGCCACCCAAACGACCCCAAACAGCUGUCCCCUUGGGCAGGCCGGUGAGACCACCACGGUCACUGUCCAUAGAAUCUCUACAUGUUCAGGAGCUGCAACAGAAAGAACUGGACCAACAGACGGGAAACAACUCUCUGAGAAGAUACUCUUCAGGGGGGCAGAGGGUUGCUAGAUAUGGCCUCAAAGGGUCCACAAAGGCAAACCAAGCACCAAAUUCACUACCAGCGAUAGCACCACAACCUCCUGGCCGCAACUCCGUCAAAAGACUCAUAAACACAUUCAGUGGUGGGGUGGACGGCAGACCAGGCCAAAGUCUCCCUAGUGCACACCUUAGGGGGUCUAGGAGCAGUGGAACUCCCCUCUUACCUGACAUUGUCAGUGGUAACAACAAUAAGAACAUCUGGGCAGCAGAAGGUGGCGAGGGCCUGGAUGAUGACAACCUGCCCCCGCCUCCCCCUGAGGUCCUGAUGGACAAUUCCUAUGAGAGCAAUGAGGAAAACCCGGAUGAUGAGGAAGGGGAAGAGGAGGACACCGACAGUAGGGGCCACCCUGUGCCAUGCCAAAGGAGCACCGCCUCUCAGCGCCUGAGGGCCUCAUUGCAGAACAUGACGGUGCUGCCCAACCGUGGAAGUGUUGGACCAAUCAGACAGGAUCCUGAGACGAGGGGUGGACAGCAGCCAGCAUCUGAAGGCGACCAAGAGAGUGAGCAGACCGCCUCUCUCUACCAUAAGGCCCGCAAGAUCAUCCACCUGCGCAACGCAGUUGAAUCCGCUGCAAACAGAUCUGACCAGGGGGUUCGAGGACCCCUUAGAGCUGGGGUGAGUCUCAGGCAAGGAAGCAGCAACCCCUAUGAGGGGGAGUAUUACGCCACCAGCAUGCCACCGACCGUCCCACCAGUCUCCAGAGUUCGCCUACCACCUUCUUGUCCCUCUACACACCACAGACUACCAAGCCCCCCUGCUUUCGCACAGCCUAAUCCACCCUCACGUCCAUCCUCUCCCCGGGUCUUGAGAUGGAGCAGGGAGGACAGUGGUGAAGACAUGUCACCCUCAGUGUCCUUCAACGAUGCCCGAUCUGUGUUCUGUCAAAAUAGCCAAUCCAACUCCCAGAGCUGGACCCCCCACUAUAGCUCUACGCUCCCCAGGCCCUAUGGUGAGCCCUCCCGGGGAAGGCUGUCCACACGCGGUUCCCAGACUGUCAGUCGGCGCAGCCAGUCUGACCAGAGACCCAGCCUGACAACACAACAACAGGAUUUGUCCAACCCGGGCACACCACGGGGCCGGACUCGAGGAAGUGAUCCAAAUAUGUCCAAAAGCAGUGAGAGGAUGGUCAAUGGUCUUGUGAUGGAAGGGGACAACCAAUCAGAUCCAAGUGCUGUUGAUACUGAUUUGGAUCCUGAGCAGUAGUGCAUGGCAGUCUGCCAGGGCAGAAUCUACCAAGCGAAUUAGAGGGUGAGGACUGAGCAUAGAAAGGGAUUAUGGAUUAGGAGGACUCUUAAGGCUAAGACUUCCCUUCUAAUGAGAAGAGAAGGGGCUUAUUCUAAGAAAGUGUGUUAGGUAAUUGACCAUGCUUCUCCCUCAGAUUGCUUGACUGCAAUGGAGAAAAGGUUGAAAUACAUUGUACAUGUUUUGGUCUAUCUAUUACGUCAUCUGAUAUGAUGUUUUGUAAUACAGUAAUUAUUGAAAACAAAAAUCUAUUUUGGCAUAUGUAAAAUCAAUGUAAUAUACUGUAUUGAGGCCUCCCGGGUGGCGCAGAGACUCUGGGUUCGCGCCCAGGCUCUGUCGCAACCGGCCGCGACCGGGAGGUCCGUGGGGCGACGCACAAUUGGCCUAGCGUCG